CAGGGAGGAGUAUUCUAAUGAGCAGGGAACACCUCGAUGUGCAGCAAUGUGAGGGGCGUGAGGGAAAGAUUCAAAACUGAGAUGCCCAAAACACUAGCAAUAGAAGCGCGUGCGUGAAGGGGACAACUAACAAGCCUAAAUGAGCAUCAUCUCUUUGCAACGUGCACACUUUGAAGCAGAACCAGUCUGACGCAGCAGGUCAUAUCGGGAGAUUGAUUGCUUUUGUUCUGUAGGGAAGAUUUAAAGCGCGCUCCUGGAGGACCUCGGCUCGGGAUUCCUCUGAAGAUGGAAGAGGAGCGCGGGCGGAAUAAAGAGCGUCUGGAGGCUGGUUUGACCUGGCUUUGUGAACUGGAGAUAUUGAAGCAACGGCAGGAGAGUCUGGUCCUCGGUGCCCUGUCUCUCGGGGACUCGGUGCCGGGAUACCCGGCUUGGGGUGAUGUGGGUCCCGCCCGCAGCAGCAGAGAGCAGGAGCAGCUCACUUUAAGACGACAGCUGAACCGACUCCAGGGCGCCCCCAGCCUGCUGAUGCUGGCCCUGCAACAGCAGCUCAGUGAGAUGAGGGUGGAUUCAGGACUCGCAUGUGAACAGAAUACAGAGGAAGAUUUGGAAAGUCCCAGUGGAUCGAGUUCAGGGUUUUAUGAUCAAAGUGAGAGUCUGUCUCCUCCACUGCGUUCCUGUUCCUCCCCAAACCUCAGCGUCUCCUGUCACCGGCCCAGAUCAAUGGAUGCCUACAUGCUGGACUGGGAAGGUCAUAUGGAGCCCAAAGUACACACAACCCUGCCUCGCUCAUUUUCUGCCCCAUACCCCCAACUGGAAGGCAUUGCCGAAAGCAUCGAGGAGGAAGAGGAAGAAGAUGAAGAUAGCUCUCAGUGGGUAUCAGAUCAGAUGGCAGAUGGGCAUGAAAGCUUUACGCCUGACAUGAGCCUCACUUCUGAUGUGGAGGCCGAUCCUGUAGGGAAGAUAGAUGAUGGUCCAACAGAAGAGGAUAUCCAGCAGGCUAUGCGUGUGGAGACGUACAUUCUGGGACUCCUGCAGCGGCGGCAACUCAGUUCUACAGCAGGACUCAACUCUGAUCCCAGUGAGUGGCAAGAGUUACAGACAUACCCGCCUGGUUACCCUCAACUCAAUCAGUCAGAAUGGCAGGAAUGGGAAGAGAACGAAGGACAAUCACAAGAUGGAUAUUAUUUCAACCUUCCCAGUUCCCAAAUUGGACCAACUUCCCUAAGCAGUGAGGAGCCAGAGUCCUCUUUGGAAGUGGAUCAGUAUUUAGUUGAGGAUGUUUAUACCAGCAGCAAUGAAUCCCCUCGGCAUCAACCGGUUUACACUGAACGCCGUGCCACGAUGUCAGACACCAGGAAACCUCACAUUCACACCUGCUGCAAUCACACUUGCGUACCUACGACGUCAACUCCAGUGUCCCGUGAGCAACACCAACCAAUUCCAUCUCAAAAGUGGGCGCUUCUUCGGUCCCUUGCUAGAAGGGGUCCAGAGGAACAGUGGGCAGCAACCAAGACAACAAUUCGCUCUCGUUCAGAGGACAGUUGCGUUUCUCAAGGAUGGGGUGCCCAAGUUGAGCACAAAUAUUACACUGUUGGACGGGAUAUGGGCAGACAUCAUAGUGAUGAAUUUUACCCGCCCAGUCAGCGACUCUGGUGCUCCUCGGCAGAUCUCAGUCAAGAAGAGGAUGAGGGGAUAUUUAAGGAAGACAUGCAGGAGUUCGAUCGAAACCAUUUACCAAAUGCUCAGCUUUUAGAGCAGAACCAGAGGUUGCAGGAACGGAUGGAGGCAUCCACUGGUCCGACCAAUGGUUCAGACUCCAGCCUGAGUGAAACUUUCUCUCCAGGAACCAGUUCGGUGUCCAGUGAUUCAGAUGAGAGCGGAGGGCUGGUCUGGCCUCAACAGCUUCCCCCUCGCUUGCCCCCUUCGUCCUCCUCAUCAUCCCAAAAUCCCCCCAAUGCCGUGGUCAAGAUUAAAGCCUCACAUGCGCUCAAAAAGAAGAUUAUGAGGUUUCGUUCAGGCUCUCUCAAACUCAUGACCACUGUUUGAGUCUGUACUUGAAAAUCUGCAGUAAAUGACAUUGAUAACUAUA